AUGCAUUUUGCGUUGGCGUUACGGCAAGACUUGCACCUAGCCCCGCCAGAUCUGCGUUCUAGACAGAUCUACGCAUCCACUGCACCAUGGCGUCUCGCAACCGGAGAGAACCAUUAGCGUCUGGACCAGCGCCUCGUCCGGACAUGUCUGCAACCUCGACCCGGAAACGCAAAGCCGUUGCACUGGCCGCGGAUGCCGAUCUUGUUCUGCGCAAAUGUCGACAACUACGCCAGUCGUUAGAAGCCAAAGCAGAAAUAGAGUCCUCUGUAGUUGGAGUACUUCCGGAAGGAAUCCCAUCCGAUAUUGUCGAAGUCGUUGAAUUACCGGCCACUCAGGUUUUGGAAGGAAUGGAAGCCAUGGCAUUGCAUAUUGCGCAGCAAGUUUUGGAGAGGAAAGGUUUUUCCUUGGAAAUUCCAAGCCGCGCCGCAUCCAAUCAGAUAUACGUCAAGGAGUGGGACCGUAUUGUAUUGGGAGGCAAGCGCUCUAGUCGAAGUUUCUUGAACGUAAAGGAAUCUCGCAAAUCGGCAAUUACCCUUCGGGUGAUGCAGUUGCUCCACGCGGUCCUUAUGAAGCGCAUUCACAUCACCAAGCGUGACUUGUUCUACACGGAUGUCAAGCUUUUUGUAGAUCAAGCAGAGUCGGACGGUGUCUUGGACGAUGUGGCGACAAUGAUUGGAUGCACGCGCAGCAACUUGCAUGUCGUUGCUUCGGACAAGGGGUUGGUCGUGGGGAGAAUUCAAUUCGAAGAAGAUGGCGAUUUUAUUGACUGCACCAAAAUGGGUGUUGGAGGUAAAGCAAUUCCGCCAUAUAUCGACAAGAUCGAAAAUAUUGCUAGCGAUGCCGAGUUUAUUUUGCUGGUCGAGAAGGAAGCAGCUUAUAUGCGCAUGGCGGAAGACCGUUUCUAUCACAGGUACCCAUGCAUCAUUAUCACAGCAAAAGGCCAACCAGAUGUCGCCACCCGCAUGUUCUUGGCACGCAUCACCUCGGAACUUAAAAUUCCGGUCCUUGGGCUGGUGGAUAGCGAUCCGUAUGGGCUCAAGAUUUUGUCGGUCUACAUGUCGGGGAGUAAGAAUAUGAGCUACGACAGUGCAAGUUUGACAACGCCUGACAUUAAAUGGCUGGGAUUGCGACCGUCUGAUCUCGACAAGUACGAUUUGCCAGAGCAGUGUCGGUUGGAUAUGACGGAGAACGAUAUCAAGACUGGUAAGGAAAUGAUGAAAGAAGACUUCAUUCAGAAAAAUCCAGAGUGGAUGAAAGAACUGGAAAUUAUGGUCAAGACAAAGAAAAAGGCCGAAAUCCAGGCUUUGUCUUCCUUCGGCUUUCAGUAUGUGACGGAACAAUAUUUACCUCGGAAACUCAAGGAAGGAGAUUGGAUCUAGCCAGCGGGAUAGCAAGAGCACAUGCUGCUUACAUAAAUUAAAUCGCUUUAUCUUCCUUCG